UCGGAACAUGACGCCCAGAGAGAUCAUUUUUUCAUUCUUUCGAACUUAGAUAAGUUAGGAUUUGAAUCGCUCCAAAACUCUCAUCUUCGAAACUUCUUUUCAAGAAUCAAUCUGCCAGUUAUCAACAAUGCAAUAAUAAAAUAUUGCCCUGUACUGCAAACUGAAAAUUCUAACAAUUGUAGUUGUUGAUAGAGAUGUUCCAAUGAAACAUGCGUGCUAAGUGCGUCACAGAAUUCUGAGAGAGAUAAGGGGAAGGCCAAGAGUGCAAAAUUAUGUACGGAAAUAAUUGGACUGGUAGUUCUUGGAUCUUUGUUAUUCUACUUGUAUGUCGGAACCAUAAUAAACAUAUAUCAAUCGUACACCGACUGCAUGAAAACAAGUCUUGAAAACAGUUACACGAGUAGUAUCGUACAAGAGCGCUGAUAUUCGCGGUGAUCCCUUUAUUCCAGUCAAUAACCAGUGGAUAAGUCUAUAAACACUGAGACAGAUGUGAUAUUCAUGUAGAUCUACGAUCAGUGAGAUUGAUUUUUCUAUUCUUCCAAGACAGCAUUGACAUGAAGAAUAUCCACAAUCGCGGUAUUGAUGACUUCAAGGAAGUUAUUUACAAACCAGUUUGCAGUGAGUUCAACGUCCAAGAAAAACCCAAUUCCACUAAGAAAAACGAUACAUGGUUUCUCUACUUUUCAGUUUUAACAGCCAACCUUCUAACGGUUGUAUACGGAUCAUGCCUUGUCUGGACUUCCCCCGUGAUUCCUCAACUGAAGUCAACCAACCCAGAGAUCAACCCACUGGGCGAAACCAUUACAACUUACCAAAUAUCUAUUUUAGUUGGAUCGUCUUCACUAUUCACCAUUUUUGGGUCGCUUUUUUUCGGAAAACUGCCAGAUCUCAUCGGGCGAAAAAAUACAUUGAUAUGUAUUUCCUUGGGAACUCUCUUGUCCAACAUAGCAGUGGCAUUCGGAAGACAUAUGUACCUGUACUACGCUGGAAGAAGUAUCGCCAAUUUAUGUCUGGGUUUAUUAUUUGUUGCGUUACCGAUUUAUUUGAAUGAGAUUUGUGAAGAUCACAAUAGAGCCAAGUAUGGAUGUUUGAUGUUGUUUUUCAUACCCUGUGGAAGUCUUUACGGAUACCUUUUGGGUCCAAUAACGAGCAUCAAACUGUUCACUCUUCUAUGUGUAGCACCUUUGAUACCGCAACUGAUAUUCCUCUGGUUAUUGAUACCUGAAACACCAGUUUAUACAGCUUCCAAGGGGGAUAAAGAAGCUACCUUAAACAUACUGAAAAAAUUGAGAAGCAACAAGAGCGCCCAAGAAAUCGAAGAAGAUUAUAAACAGAUUGAGGUGACAUUGAAGGCUAGCAGCAAAGCUGGUAGUGGAGGACUGAAGAGAAUGUUCAAAACGACAGCAUUGAGGAGAGGGUUCAUAAUCGGUUUGGGAACAUGUAUGUCAACGUACAUUUCUGGAGUUCCCAUAAUCAUGGGCUUCUUGGGGCCAAUUUUCAACGACGCCGGUACAAAUUUGUCUGGAAACACCGUAGCUAUUUUAGUGGGAUGUGUGAAAAUACUGUUCUACUUCAUAACGACUACAAUUGUGGGACGACUUGGUAGAAGACCGCUGCUACUCUUCUCCUCUAUGGGCACUGCCAUGGCACUUGCGGUUCUCGCUGUCUAUUUCUAUUUGAACAGCAUUCAUUCACCAAUAAUCGCAGACAUCAGGUGGCUGCCAGUAGCUUUCAUACUAAUCUAUAUAUCCAUCUAUUCACUAGGUAUGGGUGGCGUUGCUUUUUCCCUUCUCAGUGAACUUUUUCCAAAUGAACUUAAGUCAAUCGCCUCAUCUGUCGUUAUGACAAUAGUCAAUAUCUUCGUAUUAAUUUUGACCACUGGUUUUCCUAUUGUUUCCGACUUUUUGGGGGUUCACUAUUGCAUUGGAUUUUUCAGUAUCGGUUGCAUAUGCAUCUUUAUUUUCAUGUACUUCUUGUUGCCAGAGACCAAAGGAAAAAGUUUUCUUGAAAUUCAAGAAAUACUGAGCAGAUAGGACGGACGUAUUGAAUUUAUCUGAUCAACUGAGUCUCAAUAUUUCAUUGAGACUCAGUUAAUCAGAUAAUAUUGUAAUUGAUAUUGUAAGUGUAUUAAAAAUAUUUUUCUAUGAAUGAUUUUGUUAGAUGCAAUACAUAUUAAAUAAUUACCAUUUUUUUAUUGAUGUAUUUAUUAUAUAUUGGCAUUUUUCAACCUGAAUUCAUCAAUCUGGAACUUUGAUGUACUGGUUUUGUUAACAGUUUAAAAUGAACUAAAGACGUGAAAGCAAUACUUUUACUGUUGAGCGUAGAUUUUUCCUGGUCACCGCCAGAAGACCAGGAAAAUACCAGCCUCCUUUUCUACUUCACAAAUCGUGGAUUACUUAUGGAGAUAAUUCAAAAUUUCUCUGCACACAUUCAUAUCGUUCUGAUAGAAACCUCAUGUAUGUAUACCCUUCACUUCGAUGAUUGAACAAGAUAGCAUAAUACCUCAGGUAAAUCUUGUUCAAAUUGGUUUCUAGAUGAAUUGAAUGGGAAGAUAAGGAUGGGAUACAUUCAUGAAAACAGCGUUUUCAGUGUGUUGAAGAAGAUUUACUCUUUCGCUCGAUAAGACAGCAUGGAAAUGGACAACUAUCAGAAUGGUGAAAUAGAAGAGUUGAAAGAAGUUACUUACAAACCAGUUGAUCACGAUUUUAGAAGUCAAGAGUUGAAACCUAAUUCUACUAAAAGAACUGAUACGUUUUUUCUGUACUUCUCAGUUUUGACAGUUAACCUCUUGAUGAUUGUGAAUGGAUCGUCUCUGGUCUGGACUUCUCCCGUCAUUCCUCAGCUGGAAUCAACCAACCCAGAAAUCAACCCACUGGGAGAAAAAAUCACGACGUUCCAAAUAUCAAUCUUAGUUGGUUUACCUUCGUUAUUCACAAUUUUUGGUUCUUUCUUCUUUGGAAAACUUCCAGACGUGAUUGGACGAAAAAACACAUUAAUGUAUAUCCUUGGGAAUCUUCUUGUCCAACGUAGCUGUUGCGUUUGGAAAACAUAUUUACUUAUACUACGCUGGAAGGAGUAUUGCAAAUCUAUGUUUGGGUUUACUUUUCGUUGUACUACCGAUUUAUCUGAAUGAAAUUUGCGAGGACCAUAACAGAGCCAAACAUGGAUGCCUGAUGAUGUUUUUCCUCCCUUUCGGGAGUCUUUACGGAUACCUUUUGGGUCCAAUAACGAGCAUCAAACUGUUCACUCUUCUGUGUGCAGCACCUUUGAUACCACAACUGAUAUUUCUCUGGUUAUUGAUACCUGAAACACCGGUUUAUACAGCUUCCAAGGGAGAUAAAGGCGCAACCAUGAAAAUUUUGAGAAAGUUGAGAAGCAACAAGACUGACCAUGAGAUUCGAGAAGAUUAUAACCAGAUCGAAGCAAUGUUGAAAGCUAACUCCAAAGCUGAUAGAGGUGGAUUCAAGAACAUUUUUGAAACAAGAGCUUCGAGAAAAGGAUUCAUUGUCGGUUUGGGAUGCUGUCUAUCAAUACACAUGUCGGGAGUUCCUGUCAUCAUGGGCUUCUUAGGUCCCAUCUUCAACGAUGCUGGUACAAAUCUAUCAGGAAAUAUGGUUGCUAUUUUAGUGGGAUGUGUAAAAUUACUGUUCUUCUUCGUGACGAUCACCAUCGUGGGAAGGUUUGGAAGGAGACCGCUGCUUCUCUUGUCCUCCAUUGGCACUGCAAUACCACUUGGUGUUCUGGCUGUUCAUUUCUAUUUGAACAGCAUCCAUUCACCAAUGAUCGUGAACAUCAGGUGGUUGCCGGUAGCCUGCGUACUAAUUUACAUAGCCAUCUAUUCGCUAGGAUUAGGUUCAAUAGCCACUUCUCUCCUCACUGAACUGUUUCCUAACAAUGUCAGAGCGAUAGCUACGUCAGUUAUCAUGACAAUAGGCAAUACGUUACUAUUACUACUGACUACCGGUUUUCCUAUCGUUUCUCACUUUUUAGGAGUUCACUAUUGUAUUGGAAUUUUCAGCGUUAGUUGCGUCUUCAGUUUUAUCUUCAUUUACUACAUGUUACCAGAAACUAAAGGCAAAAGUACUCUUGAAAUUCAAGAAAUACUAAGCAAAUAAAAAACUUCUCUCUUCAUUUAUGAUCACAAAUACAAUACAUUAUAAUUCUUGGAGAAGAAAGGUAUUGGAGAAAUAGAAAGCCACAUCCAUUCUUUUCCUCUUCAUCAUCAUCAUCGAAUAAUUACUUGGUGGAAAUUAAAUCUUUUGGGAAAUA